CUCACCCUGACUCGCCCUGACUCUCCCUGAUUUUCUCUGACUCUCCCUGACUCUCCCUGACUCACCCUGACUCUCCCUGACUCUCCCUGACUCUCCCUGACUCUCCCUGACUCACCCUGACUCUCCCUGACUCUGACUCUCCCUGACUCUCUCUGACUCUCUCUGACUCUCCCUGACUCUCCCAGACUCUCCCUGACUCACCCUGACUCUCCCUCAGGUGUGGUGGAUGAUCCUGGUGGCCACCCUGGUGUUCGGUCCUCUGAUCUACCUGGUGAUCGUAGUACGAGUGAGGCUGUGUAAGAGAGAGUCAUACGUCAGCCGUGUUCUGCCUCUCCACCGCUGUAUGUGGUUCGUCUACGGUGCCAUGAUGAGGCAGGGCAGUGAACUCAAACCCACUUAUGACUCCUCAAGGAUUCUCUUCGCUACCUGGUGGCUCUUCAUCACCCUAGUCACCUCCUUCUACACCGCCAACCUCACAGCCUUCCUAACCUUCAACGGCUUACAGCUGCCCAUCACCACUGUGGAAGACCUGCGCAAGAUCCACAGUCUCACUUGGCUCGCCUUCACUGAUGGUGCUCUCGUUGAAGUCAUCUCCACCCACCCAAGGCUGCAGAUCUUACGGGACCUGCAGAAAGCAGGACGAGGUCGCUUCGUCACCUCCAGGGCCGAAGCUGUCGCACUCGUCAGAACGAACAAGUACGUGUUCAUCGACGACAUGCAGGUGCUGGAGUACCUGCUGCGGGAGGACUUCAAGACGCAGCGCAGGGACAACGCCAGCGAUAUGUGCAAUUUCUACAUAACACCCCUGGCCAGCGCCAAUGAUAAGGAUUUCCUCUUCUGGUUUGGCUACGGCUUCCGCAAAGACAGCGAGUACAAGGAGCUUUUCAACGAAUUCUUUCGCCGUCUGUCGUUCUUCGGGAUCCUCAACUUUCUGCACGACAACGCCACCUCCAGCAGCCCCGUCUGCACGUUGCCCAAGGGCUUCAAGGAUCGUAGCCUCCAGAACAAAGACUUCUUCACCACUUACGCUCUAACAGCCAUCGGUAUCAUUGCGGCCGCUAUCGCCUUGGCUUCUGAGCUCAUCUGUAGGCUCAGUCGGUGGAAACAACGGCAGACCUACGGAAGCAACUCUCAAGGCUCUUCGACAGCCAUCACGGGUAGAAUCGUCUCGAUUUUGGGCAUCGGGUCGCCAGAAACAGUGGAAACCCUCAACUGGAAUCCCGCCAACCUGCCUCCUCUGCCUGAAGCCAAAGCCAGAGCCCCUUUUCACGUGCGAUACCCGCACUACACAGAUUCCAGCAAUAAUAAUAAUAACAACAACGCCGCCAUCUCCAUCCAGAUGAAGAGGCCGCAAAGCCCUCUGGAGGGCAGUUCACCGCAGUAUCCCCAUCAACAGCAGCAGCAUCCACAGCAACACUCCCGAGGGAUGGAGAACGUGUUUAUACAAGCCCAAAGAAGCUCGUACAUGAUUCAAGGUAAAAUUAACAAUACAAGAGUAAUAUGGGACCAGAGGAGAGGUAAAUUGAUCGCGGAGGACGCGACUAAGAUAAAUGAGAGUGUGACCUAUGUUGACGGUGUCCCGCAGCUCUUUUUCAAAUAUACAGACCAAGAGGGACCCAAGAUGCAGACGCUGAUGCUCAGAGACUUUGUCUAGAGUUACGCAAACCGAGUCAGGGGCAUAGAAUCCGUGCAAAGUGAAGAGAAUUGCAUGCGAUCUGCAACAACUUAUAGCUUAAAAAGAUUAGGAGAGGAAUGAAUGUAUGUAUGAUAUCAAUAACUAUCUUUGCAGAGGGGCAAUGGUUGUUAAAAAGGUUGUUGGUUAUUGCCCGCAAUAAACAGCUACAUUUAGCCAGGCAGAGAAAGAAAAUAAGUUCGUCUAAAUGUGGACAGGUUUACAUGCGGUUCUCAAGUGCGUUAAAAGUGAUUUUGAAUGUACAAAGUGUUUAGAGUGCAGUACACUGAUUGCCUUGCUCAAUUGUACUGGAAAAAAUGUAUUUGUUUAAGAGUGUGGCUAUAUUAAUGGUGUCUUGAAACACUUAAUACCGUGAUGUCAAAUCUUGAAGCACUUAAUGUCGUGAUGUCAAAUCUUUAAGCAUUUAAUAUCGUGAUGUCAAAUCUUUAAGCACUUAAUACCGUGAUGUCAAGUCUUGAAGCACUUAAUACCGUGAUGUCAAAUCUUUAAGCACUUAAU